CACAUGACUGUCAGCUGGUGCGAGUCACGUGAACGUCGGGAGCCUUUUCUGCGGAAACGCCGAGCAAACAUGGCCGCGUCGAGCUGCUCGAGUGGAGUGCGAUUAACGGCGUUCAUGAUCCAGCUCGUCGCCCUGUUCGCCACCGGGAGCUCGACCGCUCAGGUGCCGCUUCUCCUGUGGUCCAGCGACAGCGUACGGCCACUGGCCUCACCCGCAGCCGGUCACAUCACGUCCAACGACCAGCUGACGGCCUACCUCGCCGCUGCCUUCGGCUCUGGCCCCCACACUGUGCUGCUGUUUCUGCAGGACAAGUUAAGCAAAGACGACUUCACAGUGUUCGGCGGAGUGUUUGGAAACAAACAGGACAGUGCCUUUCAGAACCUCGAGGCUGCUCUUCAGUCUUCUUCGUCGUCGGUCACAAUUCCUGCCCUGGAGUGGUCGGGCUCCUCCGCCAUCUUGGCUCUGCUGCAGGAGAAACUGGGCGUCUCGCCUGUCCUCGUGGACGCCGACACUCUGUCACAUCUGACCAUCAACGCGUCCGCCAGCAAUCUGUUGCUCAUCAACCUUCCUUAUUGUUCCGGCCUACACAAGUCUUGCAAGGAAGUCCUGCAUGACAAUGAUGCGAUUAUUGGGGAAGUUCUUGGUACCAUGAACGACAAAAAUGUACCAUACACUGCGAUAUACACGGGACUCCAGCCGUCACGAGUAAUUUCAGAGGCCCCUCUGUCGGACCGGUCCGUGGGCCGGACCUUGCUCCAGGCGGUUGUGCCCAACGUCAAGCCGCCCAUCAUGUUCAAUGUGUCUGGGAACCCCUGCAUAAUGCUCUGGGCUCAGAAUCUCAGCGUCAGCCUCUCGAGCACGGCGGAGUGGAUCGACCUUGCUGAGCAGACGCCCUCCUUGACAGGAUCCAUGUGCAAUGGCAGCAGCUCGCUGCUUGUCCUCAGUUAUCCAUCCGGCUUCACGUUAAGUUUUGCCAUGAGUCAGCGGUUCUACCCCGUGUCCGCGCGGAACUGGUUCACCCUGGACUCGGUGCAGCUGCAGUCCAGCGGUCAAAAUGCGUCUUUCACCGGCGGCCGAGGCAUCUACGCCCCUGCAGAGUAUUCCUUCCACUGCCAGUCCGUCAGUAGCUUCCAACACGCCCUGCUCGUGCCGACCAACGCCAACCCAAACACCUCCCAGUGGAGGGUCAACUUUAUCGACUUCCAGAUUCAAGGCUUCAGAUUGGAUAACAGAACAGAUUUCUCCUACGCCAGUGACUGUGCAGGCUUCUUCACAGCGGGGAUCUGGAUGGGGCUGAUCACCUCGCUGCUCAUGCUCUUGAUUUUCGUGUACGGUCUGCACAUGAUCAUGCAGCUGAACACCAUGGAUCGAUUCGAUGACCCCAAAGGUCCAUCGAUUUCUGUGCCUCAGUCAGAGUGAAGCACUCAUGCACACAUGCGCACACACUCCUCAGCCACUCAGUGCCUUUCUAAUAGAUACUGGACCUUGGAGAGUCCGUCUGUGCCACUCAGCUUUUGUACGUGUGGGCCCUUUACUUCGAAGGUUAUUUGUCAGGCACAUUCCAUUAAAUCUCCCAACAAUUGCAAGUGCCAAAAUGGAUGCACCUUUGUCUUCAUACGAGCUGAUGACGAGUGCAUGUGCUAAGUUGUGUUUUUGUGCCCAACAGAGUGAAUAUUUCCACCCCCAAAUAAUUUUGCACUCUUAACUGGAGAGUGCCAACGCGAAUGUCACUGCUGGAAGCUGUCGGACCUUUUCAGACCUCAAUUCUUAACUUUUUCUUUCUUUCUUUUUUCCCACUCGACUGUAAUUUAAAGACUUUAAAGAAGUAAUGAAACAAGUGCCUGUGUAUGAAAAAUGAUUGUUUGUGAAGUAGAAAAAUGCCACCGUUUUGUAAUGGCCUGGCAGAAGUUUGGUUAUAAUACUUCCUCUAUGGUUCAGUUCUGUUUUCACUCAUGGUUGAGUUUCCGUUUUCACUCGUGGUCAAAUCAGAGGCACACCACUGCAAUCCCAUAUUUUAUUGACUGAUGAUUUAUUUAUAUGAAAAUACUUUAUUUGCUCAGCCCGCCCUUAAUGUUUACCCUUUGCGUCAGGUUCAUCGGUAACUUUAACGACGGUGCCUCAGUUCUGCUUUUGUCAAACUUCUAGAUGUGCGAUUGCCAAGAAACACGCUGUACAUUGUCUUUAAUUGCAAAUAAAAAUAUCUGUUAAUUGUG